CCGCAUAUUAGAACACAAUUCGAUCGGACUGGACAAUCAGAUCCUACUGCCUCAGAGUGCUGACUUUGAUCACGUGAACUGCGCGUCUGUGGGUGAUUUCAAUUUUGACGGUCUGCCCGAGAUCGUUCUGGGCACGUUUGGACAGCGGAUGCUCUUCUAUCAAUGGGAUUCGUCCAAACCGCCAGAUGAUGAUGCCUGUCCUUCUGUGGAUGGUGGUUACCGGUUAGUAUGGCCUCGUGAAAUUGUUGUUACGGGUUGGUUUGAAAUAAGCUGUGUGACUUUAAACCUUGCCAUUAUUAUAUCUGAAAGCGGCUUUCGACUCAGUCGAUCGCUCUAA